AUUGCAGUUAUCCUGGACUUUCUUCAGAAGGGCCUUGAGAAAGGUUUGAGAGCGGCCACUCUUAAAGUUCAGGUGUCCGCCUUAGGAGCCCUCUUCAGCCAAAAGAUUGCUGAUCACCUGUGGAUUAGAAGAUUUUUUUACAUCUGUUAAUAGGUUGCAGUUGUCAACAAGUGUUAAGACCCCUGCUUGGGACCUUUCAGUAGUUCUUAAUGCUUUAAGUAGGCAGCCGUUUGAGCCUUUGUCAGAGAUUCCUCUAUCGGUCCUGACUCAGAAGACGGUCUUCUUAGUGGCCAUUACAACAGCCAGGCAGAUGUAACUUCUGUGAGGUCCGGCCGACAUACUGCAUUCCGCAGCAACAAUGGAUCAAAUAGAUAACAAAUUGAGAUUGGCAGGCAACUGGGGGCUAACAUAUUUUUCAGGGAAGGCGCCCUUCUGAAGGUCAGCAGUGGCUGUACAGGUUCUGCAUUUGAGGCCGCAUCGAUUUCGGACAAGGUGGCCACAGAAGUGGAGGACAAGCAAACAUCCUGGUGUUCCAACAGCACAAUGCCUAAUUGGGGUGGAGGAAAGAAAUGUCCAGCAUGUGAUAGGUCUGUCUACUUUGCAGAAGAAGUACAAUGUGAAGGCGCAAGUUUCCAUAAAUCUUGUUUCCUGUGCAUGGUAUGCAAGAAGAAUCUUGACAGCACUACAGUUGCUAUUCAUGGAAAUGAGAUCUAUUGUAAAUCCUGCUAUGGAAAGAAAUAUGGCCCUAAAGGAUAUGGAUUUGGACAAGGGGCAGGUACUCUAAGUAUGGAUCGUGGUGAAAGCUUGGGCAUCCGUCCAGAAGAGACUCCCAGUUUCCAGCCAACAAGCAACCCAAAUGCAUCAAAAUUUGCUCAGAAAACAGGUGCUGAUGUGUGCCCUCGCUGCUCAAAGUCUGUGUAUGCUGCUGAGAAAGUUAUCGGAGGAGGAAAUUCAUGGCAUAAGGCCUGUUUCCGUUGCGCCAAAUGUGGGAAAGGAUUGGAGUCCACAACACUCGCUGAUAAAGAUGGGGAAAUAUUUUGCAAAGGAUGCUAUGCAAAGAACUUUGGUCCAAAAGGCUUUGGUUUCGGUCAAGGUGCUGGAGCUCUUGCUCACACAGCAUGAAAAGUCUUUGGCUACUUAUGUUUCAUUAUUAAUAUAAUCAGAAAUGUUAAAAUGGCCUUUUAUUGCUAUUGCUUACAGGCUGAGAAGACGUAUUUUUCCACUUUUAUCUACAGGAAUAUAUAUCUAAUAAGUAGAUAUUACAUGAGUGUGUAAUAUCAAUAUACAUAUACAUGUCAAUGCCAUUUGAACAUUAGGGGUUCUUCAACUGUUAGGGGUUCUUCAAUAAAAAAAAUAUAAAAAAAAACAGUUUUCUACCACAGGCUAAGAUGAGGAACUUACAAGGCUUAACAGCUCUAAGCUGCUUAUAGAGUGCAGGUGUAAUAUAAUCUCCAUAGGAGUGACUAGUGAUAUCAUUUGAUGACUUAUACCAACAGCAGAAGUCACAGAUAACAGUAGAGCAUGUUGGAUUUCAACAUGUCUGGUCCCUUUGUUCUAAGGGAGAUAAAACAACACUAUAUACAUUCUCCAAUCUUUCAGAAUACAUGUACACUUGGUCAAGCUUUCAUUUGUAUGGGGGGAAUCGGGAGAAAUAGCUUUCAGCUGAACAAAAUGCAAUGGACCAACCUAACAUUGUGGUCUCCAAAAAGAAAAAAAAAUAAUGGCUGCUACUGACUAUUUUAGAAUAGGAAAUGCAUUCUCUAUUCUAACCACAUUUUGUAAUUCAUUUUGUAAAAAUACCUUUAGUUGGAGAACCUCUUUUACUGUGCUAGCAUUGUUGUCUGUUAGCUCACAUUGUAUGCUGUAAGUUUAGAUUGCUGUUAGCUCAUACUCUUCUUUCCACAUUAUUAAAGUCUUCCUGA